GUUUUGAUGGUGUCGAGCAGUAGGUGUGCCUGCGUUGCGUCGAUGAGAUUCUCUUUUUGAGUGGCUCUGUCAACACAUCAGUCGCAAAUCGACAAAAAGUUCGUCCAGCAAGGCAUUGUAGAAGUAGAUCGUAGCAGGACGAGAUACGAUUACAACCCACUGCGUAAGUAGUUUCUUUUCUCCAAAUCAAAGCCAUAUUCGUUGACCAUGCUCUUCCGUGCCACGCAUCAUUAUCUGGAUCCGGGGGCAGACAGGGCGCACGCCGCUUCCCUCGACGCCCUGUUCGAUUCUUUUCUGCCCCGGCGUGCAACCUCCACGACGUCGUUUCCAUCACACAAGAGCUGUCACAGCAUGAAAUUUCCGACCUCAAGAACGGUUUUCGCUGCAGCUUCUGAAAAACCACAAGGCAUCGACUACGAUGACGACGCCGAUGACGACGAGACGCUGCCUUCAAACGAAUCGCUCGACGGGGUCGUUGCCACAGGGGACAAAGACCAAGGUGAACAAAAAAGUGGUGGCAUGAUAAACAGCCUCGAAUCCACCCUGCAGAUGAAGCAGCUGUCUAUGGAGGAGGUGAAAGAGCUGAUCGCGAGGGAGCACAGCUCCUCGGAGAAAAUCGCGAGGAUACGGGAAGAAGCGAUAACGGGGGACGGUGGAUCUCCGCUGGCACAGAAAUUGGAGAAGAUCCAGCGCAUGUUUCCGUCCGGCUCCGGGAUGAUGGACAUUUUCCCCAACAUCGUGAAGGAGGGCAAACGGCAGGUCAGCAAGGCGGCGAGCGGGAUGAAGAACCUGAUGUCUACGGACGGGCUGGCGGAAAUGCUGAACUACGUGCAACUGUUUCAAAUGAAAACGCAGCAACCGGAGACGGUGAAGACAAAGAUGGACUUGCUUUUGAACCCCUCCAUGCAAGAAAACGAUGACCGCGGCCCGCAGGACAAGCACAUCCGGCCGCCGGUGCACGUCACGAUGGCCCCGGCGUACGAGGACAUGUCGUUCGGGGGGCAAUUUGCCCGACCGCCGUCGACAGACGAGAUCUACGAUCUGCCUCCAGUGCAGUGGGACGUGCCGGUCUACCACUUCAACCCACUGUUGGGCCCAUCCUCGACGAGCAACACGCACCCAAGACUCUCCGCAACGCGUGGCUGGCCGGGCACAUCCGGCGGGCCGAAGGGGACGUUGAUGCCACUACCCGUGGGUUUAAACACGCAAGUGGUGCAGGCGACGGACUACGAGUUGGAACGCCCGGACCCGUUUAUCCAUCGGACGAACCCAAAUUACCAGCUCCCGGUCCCGUGGAUCGACGCCAGCAUGGGGAACCGCAAGCCGGACACCUCCGCGAAGCAAAUGCUGGGAGACCAGGGCAUCGCGGUGGACGGGAUUUCCCAGGCGCGGAGCUUGCAAAACCGGAAAAUUUACGACCCGGACUACUUUGCCACAUCGUUGCUGCGGGAGGCGCCAGCACCGGAAAGGGCGGCGGAGGCGUAG